AUGGCUCUCUGGAGCGUAGGUGCCCCACCAGGCACAGCUCCCUACGGUGGAGAUGGGCCUCCAGACAUCGUGGUGUCCGAGGCAGGAUGGGGGCAAGGGUCCGUGCAGCCCGCGGUGGGUGCUGGGGCUCGGCGUCGCAUCAGCAAGGACCCCACCCAUCCUGGGGCGCUCCCACCAGCCUCACUCACAGCUGGGUCCUCGGCCACCGUGCGGUGGCUCUCCGGCGUCUCCCCCCGGGGCUCGGUCUCUGUCGUAGGGGCACCCCGCCCGACCCCGACAGCCCGUGACCCCCUCCCCCACGGCCUGGGUCAGCGGCCGGGCCACAGGAGGCUCACCCCUGCCCGCCUGCUGCAGGUGGGCUCCUUCUUCAUGAUCAACCUGUGCCUGGUGGUGAUCGCCACGCAGUUCUCGGAGACCAAGCAGCGGGAGAACCAGCUCAUGCGGGAGCAGCGCGCACGCUACCUGUCCAACGACAGCACGCUGGCCAGCUUCUCGGAGCCGGGCAGCUGCUACGAGGAGCUGCUCAAGUACGUGGGCCACGUCUGCCGCAAGGUCAAGAGGCGCAGCCUGCGCCUGUACGCCCGCUGGCAGAGCCGUUGGCGCAAGAAGGUGGACCCCGGCGGCGCCCUGCACGGCCAGGGUCCCGGGCGCCGGCCGCGGCGCGCGGGCAGGCAUGCGGCCUCCGUCCACCACCUGGUCUACCACCACCACCACCACCACCACCACCACUACCAUUUCAGCCACGGCAGCCCGCGCCGGCCCGGCCCCGAGGACACCAGGCUGGUGCGGGCCGGAGCGCUGCCGUCGCCGCCCUCGCCGGGCCGCGGGCCCCCCGAUGCCGAGUCAGUGCACAGCGUGUACCACGCGGACUGCCACGUGGAGGGGCCGCAGGAGAGGGCCCGGGUGGCGCACACCGCGGCCGCGGCCGCCGCCGGCCUCAAGCUGGCCACGGGGCUGGGGGCCAUGAACUACCCCACCAUCCUGCCCUCGUCGGUGGGCGGCAACAGAGGCGGCACCGGCCUCGGGCCCAAGGGGAAGCGGGCUGGCGGGCCUCCGGGCGCCGGAGAGCACAGCCCCCUGAGCCUGAGGGGCCCUGAUCCCUAUGAGAAGAUCCAGCAUCUGGUCGGGGAGCACGGUAAGGACCCCCGGGCCCGGCCUGUGGAGAGGAGGUGGGACCUGGGCCCGAGUAACGGAGGUUCAGAUAGCAGUGACUCGGGACGCUGCAAUGAAUUACUCCUCGCGAAGUCCGAGACCGUGGCUCGCGUUCUGUUUGCGUGGGUGGCGUGGCUGUGGGGCCGAUCGGCCGCUCUGCUGCUUCGAGGCCCUACCCUUGGGUGUGGGCGGAGUGAGCGCGGGGUGCGCGUGCGUGCACCCGGGUGUGCGCGCGCGUGCGCCGUUCACCCCGCGGAGGCCUCCGCCGCAGGGGCGGCCCGGCAGCCUGACCCCGUCCGCGUCCUUCCCCCCGCAGGACUGGGCCGGGCCCCCAGCCGCCUGUCGGGCCUGAGCGUGCCCUGCCCCCUGCCCAGCCCCCAGGCGGGCACGCUGACCUGUGAACUGAAGAGCUGCCCGUACUGUGCCAGCGCGCCGGAGGACCCUGACUUCGAGCUCAGCGACUCCGAGAGCGGGGGCUCGGAAGGCAACGGGGUCUACGAGUUCACGCAGGACGUGCGGCACGGGGACCGCCGUGACCCCAUGCGGCCCCCCGCGGCGGCGGACGCGCCAGGCCAGGGCAGCGCGCGGCAGCGGGCGCGGCGGCGGGCGGCCCCGGGCGAGCAGGGCGGGCCGGGCCGCGUCUGGGCCGCCUUCGGUGGUAAACUGCGCCGGAUCGUGGACAGCAAGUACUUCAACCGCGGCAUCAUGGUGGCCAUCCUCACCAACACGCUGAGCAUGGGCGUCGAGUACCACGAGCAGCCUGACGAGCUGACCAACGCCCUGGAGAUCAGCAACAUCGUGUUCACCAGUGUGUUCGCCCUGGAGAUGCUGCUGAAGCUGCUGGCCUGCGGCCCGCUGGGCUACAUCCGGAACCCCUACAACAUCUUCGACGGCAUCAUCGUGGUCAUCAGCGUCUGGGAGAUCGUCGGGCAGGCUGACGGUGGCCUGUCGGUGCUGCGAACCUUCCGGCUGCUGCGGGUGCUCAAGCUGGUGCGCUUCAUGCCCGCGCUGCGGCGCCAGCUGGUGGUGCUCAUGAAGACCAUGGACAACGUGGCCACCUUCUGCAUGUUGCUCAUGCUCUUCAUCUUCAUCUUCAGCAUCCUGGGCAUGCACCUCUUUGGGUGCAAGUUCAGCCUGACAACAGACACCGGAGACACGGUCCCCGACAGGAAGAACUUUGAUUCCCUGCUGUGGGCCAUCGUCACCGUGUUCCAGAUCCUCACCCAGGAGGACUGGAACGUUGUCCUCUACAACGGCAUGGCCUCCACCUCCUCCUGGGCGGCCCUCUACUUUGUGGCACUGAUGACCUUCGGCAACUAUGUACUCUUCAACCUCCUGGUGGCCAUCCUGGUGGAGGGCUUUCAGGCAGAGGGUGACGCCAACAGAUCCGACACGGACGAGGACAAGACAUCUGCCCACUUGGAGGAGGACUUUGACAAGUUCCCAGACGCCCGGGCAACGGAGGUGAAGAUGUACCCACUGGCAGUGACCCCCAACGGGCACCUGGAGGGCCGAGGCAGCCUGCCCCCUCCCCUCAUCAUGCGCACAGCGGCCACGCCCAUGCCCACCCCCAAGAGCUCCCCACACCUGGACCCGGCCCCCGGCCUCCUGGAGUCGAGGCGCGGCAGCAGCAGCUCUGUGGACCCCCAGCUGGGCGACCAGAAGUCACUGUCCAGCCUCCGAAGCUCGCCCUGUGCCCACUGGGGCCCCAACAGCGCCUGGAGCAGCCGGCGCUCCAGCUGGAACAGCCUGGGCCGCGCACCCAGCCUCAAGCGCCGGAGCCAGUGCGGGGAGCGGGAGUCGCUGCUGUCCGGGGAGGGCAAGGGGAGCACAGACGAGGAGGCGGAGGACGGCAGGCCGGGGGCGGGGGCCUCGCCGGGGACGCGCACCGUCCCGCUGCGCCGCGCCGAGUCCCUGGACCACCGCAGCACGCUGGACCUGCGGCCCCCGCGGCCAGCCGCGCUGCUGCCCAGCAAGUUCCACGACUGCAACGGGCAGGUGCUCGCCCUGCCCAGUGAGUUCUUUCUGCGCAUCGACAGCCACAAGGAGGACUCGGCCGAGUAUGACGACGACGUGGAGAAUAGCUGCUGCCUGCGCCUGCGCAAGGUGCUGGAGCCCUACAAGCCCGCGUGGUGUCGGAGCCGGGAGCCCUGGGCCCUGUACCUCUUCUCCCCGCAGAACAGGUUCCGGGUCUCCUGCCAGAAGAUCAUCGCUCACAAGAUGUUCGAUCACGUCGUCCUGGUGUUCAUCUUCCUCAACUGCAUCACCAUCGCCCUGGAAAGGCCUGACAUCGACCCCAGCAGCACCGAGCGUGUCUUCCUCAGCGUCUCCAACUACAUCUUCACGGCGAUUUUUGUGGCUGAGAUGAUGGUGAAGGUGGUGGCCCUGGGCCUGGUCUCCGGCGAUCACGCCUACCUGCAGAGCAGCUGGAACGUGCUGGACGGGCUGCUGGUCCUGGUGUCCCUGGUCGACAUCGUGGUAGCCAUGGCCUCCGCCGGUGGCGCCAAGAUCCUGGGCAUCCUGCGAGUGCUGCGCCUGCUAAGGACGCUGCGGCCUCUGAGGGUCAUCAGCCGUGCUCCAGGCCUCAAGCUGGUGGUGGAGACUCUGAUAUCGUCACUCAGGCCCAUCGGGAACAUCGUCCUCAUCUGCUGUGCCUUCUUCAUCAUCUUCGGCAUCCUGGGGGUGCAGCUCUUCAAGGGGAAGUUUUAUUACUGCGAAGGCGCCGAUACCAGGAACAUCUCCACCAAGGCCGAGUGCCGGGCGGCGCGCUACCGCUGGGUCCGGCGAAAGUACAACUUCGACAACCUAGGCCAGGCGCUGAUGUCCCUGUUCGUGCUCUCCUCCAAGGACGGCUGGGUGAACAUUAUGUAUGACGGGCUGGACGCCGUGGGCAUAGAUCAGCAGCCGGUGCCCAACCACAACCCGUGGAUGCUGCUCUACUUCAUCUCCUUCCUGCUCAUCGUCAGCUUCUUCGUGCUCAACAUGUUCGUGGGCGUCGUGGUGGAGAACUUCCACAAGUGCCGGCAGCACCAGGAGGCCGAGGAGGCGCGGCGGCGCGAGGAGAAGCGGCAGCGGCGCCUGGAGAGGAAACGCAGGAAGGCCCAGCGCCGGCCCUACUAUGCGGACUACUCGCCCACCCGCCGGUCCAUCCACUCGCUGUGCACCAGCCACUACCUUGACCUGUUCAUCACCUUCAUCAUCGGGGUCAAUGUCAUCACCAUGUCCAUGGAACACUACAACCAGCCCAAGUCCCUGGACGAGGCGCUGAAGUAUUGCAACUAUGUGUUCACCAUCAUCUUUGUCUUUGAGGCCGUGCUGAAGCUGGUGGCUUUUGGGUUCCGGAGGUUCUUCAAGGACAGGUGGAACCAGCUGGACCUGGCCAUAGUGCUGCUGUCCAUCAUGGGCAUCACGCUGGAGGAGAUCGAGAUGAACGCGGCCCUGCCCAUCAACCCCACCAUCAUCCGCAUCAUGCGUGUGCUCCGUAUCGCCCGCGUGCUGAAACUGCUCAAGAUGGCCACAGGCAUGCGGGCCCUGCUGGACACGGUGGUUCAAGCCCUGCCCCAGGUAGGGAACCUCGGCCUACUUUUCAUGCUCCUGUUUUUUAUCUAUGCUGCCCUGGGGGUGGAGCUGUUUGGGAGGCUCGAGUGCAGUGACGACAACCCCUGCGAGGGCCUGAGCCGGCAUGCCACCUUCUCCAACUUCGGCAUGGCUUUCCUCACGCUGUUCCGCGUGUCCACAGGGGACAACUGGAACGGGAUCAUGAAGGACACGCUGCGGGAGUGCGCCCGCGAGGACAAGCACUGCCUCACGUACCUGCCAGCCAUCUCCCCCAUCUACUUCGUCACCUUCGUGCUGGUGGCGCAGUUCGUGCUGGUCAACGUGGUGGUGGCCGUGCUCAUGAAGCACUUGGAGGAGAGCAACAAGGAGGCCCGCGAGGACGCCGAGCUCGACGCCGAGCUGGAGCUGGAGGUGGCGCGAGGCCCCCCCGCCCGCCCCAGGCCCGCGGCCCCACAGAGCCCGGACGCCCCCGGCCUCCUGGUCGUGCGCAAGGUGUCUGUGUCCCGGAUGCUCAUAAACACAGAGCCGUCUGCUGGAAACAAGGCAGUUCCCACACUGGCUGCCUAA